AUGAUUGAAGUCAUCUUAAACGAUCGACUUGGACGCAAAAUUCGAGUUAAAUGCAACCCAGACGACACCGUAGGAGACCUGAAGAAACUUGUUGCUGCGCAAUGCGGUACACGUCCUGAUAAGAUCCGUAUACAGAAGUGGUAUACAGUGUAUAAAGAUCAUAUAACUUUAGAAGACUACGAAAUUCAUGAUGGUAUGGGUUUAGAGUUAUAUUAUAAUUAA